UGUGGAAGCCAGAAUAGCAUCUCCAAAUAGAAAUAAAACCAAAGAUUUACACAGUCAUUAUUAUAUAUCAUGAGGCUUAUAUACAUUUGCGUACUAUGGGCAAUAUUAAUAACCCAUGUUAUCUUGGUGGCUUGUAAAACUAGAAAUAAUGUACCAGCAGUAAUUGUGUUUGGUGAUUCUUCUGUUGAUUCUGGAAACAAUAAUAAGAUAGCAACACUUCUCAAGAGCAACUUUAAACCUUAUGGCCGCGACUUCGAAGGCGGCCGCCCCACCGGACGGUUUUGUAACGGCCGCGUUCCACCGGACUUCAUCGCCGAGGCUUUUGGUGUUAAGAAGAAUAUACCAGCAUAUUUGGAUCCUGCUUAUAACAUUGAUGAUUUUGUUACUGGUGUUUGCUUUGCUUCUGCUGGAACUGGAUAUGAUAAUGCAACUUCUGAUGUACUUAAUGUGAUACCACUAUGGAAGGAAAUAGAGUUCUACAAAGAGUAUCAAGCAAAACUAAGAGCCCAUGUUGGUGAAGAGAAAGCAAAUGAAAUCAUAAGUGAAUCAUUAUACCUAAUAAGCUUAGGAACCAAUGAUUUUCUAGAAAACUACUAUAUUUUCCCAACAAGACAACUUCAUUUUACAGUGUCACAAUACCAAGAUUUUCUAGUGGAUAUUGCGGAAAAAUUUGUGAGAAAACUGCACUCACUUGGUGCUAGGAAACUAUCCAUAACUGGUCUUGUUCCUAUAGGGUGUCUGCCAUUAGAGAGGGCUACAAAUAUUUUUGGUGAUCAUGGUUGCAAUAAGAAAUAUAAUAAAGUGGCUUUACAAUUUAAUGCAAAGUUGGAGAAAAUGAUUUAUAAGGUGAAUAAGGAGCUUCCUCAAUUGAAGGCUUUGUCGGCAAAUGCUUAUGAUAUUGUUUUUGAUAUCAUUGCAAGACCUUCCUUCUAUGGAUUUGAGGUGACAGAGAAGGCAUGUUGUUCAACUGGAACAUUUGAGAUGAGCUACUUAUGCAGUGACAAGAAUCCACUAACAUGCAAAGAUGCAAACAAGUAUGUGUUUUGGGAUGCUUUUCAUCCUACUGAGAAGACAAACCGUAUUGCCGCAAAUUAUUUGAUCCCUAAACUUCUAGCAGCUUUUAGAUGAUCCAUUCAUUCCCUUCUAGACUAUCUUAUGUUCAAAUAUUAUUGCACAAUGCUCAAAAGAACAAUCCAACUAUAUGCCAAAUUGAAGGACUAUGAGAUGUGCAAAUGAUCACUGUUUUAGAAGCGGCAGCAAAUCAAGUGCUGAGGUUUUGUGGUAUGGUGCAUGGAAUAAUCCUUUAUUUUGUGGAAGUUGUUAGAAGUUGUUAUUUUCUUGUAGUCUCUUUUUAAGCAUUGUAUUUCUUCCAUUUUGGAUUAUGAAUGAAUUUACAAUCAGUUCCUCUUC